AUGGAGGUGCAUCCGCCUCCAGUUGCCAUAGCCGUCGAUGUUGGCGCUUCGGUGGGGCGUGGCCCUGUUUUGUCACCGGUGGAGGAUGUCGCGCCAGAUUCUGGUGCACUUGGUGUGGAACCCUUGGAAGCAGAUGAGUUCUUGGAAGGGGGUCGCCCCUCUCGUCGUCCUUCCACCACUGCUGUCCAGGGUCAACCUGGUUCUCUGACGAAGCGCCGGAAGACGAACAGGAGUGGUCGCUCCGGGGACCGAGGGCCUUCGGUGCGGAGGUUAGAGCCUGAUGCGAGUGUCGGUGAUGCCAUCCCGGGGGCCGUAACAGACCCCAUGGCCAUCCCGGGGGAUGUAACGGACCCCACGGCCAUCCCAGGGGCCGUAACGGACCCCAUGGCCAUCCCGGCGGAUGUAACGGACCCCACGGCCAUCCCGGGGGCCGUAACGGACCCCAUGGCCAUCCCGGCGGAUGUAACGGACCCAACGGCCAUCCCGGGGGCCGUAACGGACCCCACGGCUAUCCCGGGGGCCGUAACGGACCCCACGGCCAUCCCGGGGGCCGUAACGGACCCCACGGCCAUCCCGGGGGCCGUAACGGACCCCACGGCCAUCCCGGGGGCCGUAACGGACCCCACGGCCAUCCCGAGGGCCGUAACGGACCCCACGGCCAUCCCGGGGGCCGUAACGGACCCCUCGGCCAUCCCGGGGGCCGUAAACGGGCCCCACGGCCAUCCCAAGGGCCGUAACGGACCCCACGGCCAUCCCGGGGGCCGUAACGGACCCCACGGCCAUCCCGGGGGCCGUAACGGACCCCACGGCCAUCCCGGGGGUCGUAGCGGACCCCACGGCCAUCCUUGGGCCGUAACGGACCCCACGGCCAUCCCGGGGGUCGUAGCGGACCCCACGGCCAUCCUUGGGCCGUAA